UGACAGAUCAAUGAAUGUGUACACUAUGUUCACCUUUCACUCCAAAACCUGCAUCCGCUUUGUGGCCAGAUCAACUCAGGCCGACUACAUCAGUAUUGAGAACAAAGAUGGGUGCUACUCAUCUCUUGGCAGAACUGGUGGCCAGCAGGUGGUCUCCUUCAACACGGCAUUGUUCAGCAUGAGCUCAAUCAUGUCCUGGGCUUCUACCACGAGCAAACCAGGAGCAGUUGUGACCAGUACGUCAAGAUCAUAAAUGCUAAAUUUUCUCAUGACAGCCAGAUUCAUAUUAAAGAGGACAA